AUGAGUAGACAACGUCAAGAUGUCCCCGCAACAGCCGCCCAGUGGGUUGAGAUGGCGAAAAAGAAGGGUGUUCUUAACCAAUCCAUUUACGAGGAAGAGUUGUUUUGUGCUUCGAAGAUAACAUUGCGCCAGUAUUUGCUUCUUCGUGUUCUUCGCAAGGGGUCAUACAGGACUAAACUGGAUCCCAAGCGGCUUGGCUUAGAACCGUGGAUGGACCGGGCUGAGGACAUGCUUCGCUCUUAUCCCUCCUGGGACACCUAUCGCGAGAGCUUCAGGGGCAAUCUUAAGGAAGGGAACUUCUUCUUAGUUAAGAACUCGCAGGCUGAGGCAGCAAAGGUCAAAAGUGACGAAGUUUCCGUCAAAGUCAUCUUCUCCCCGGUUGCUAAGCGCACGCGCCAAAGCACUCGCGAAAGACGCGAACAACGCGAACAGCCUCACAGGACGCUGAGUAGAUUGAACCCGCCUUCCUUUGAGAAGCUCACUAUCGAUGAUGACACUACUGCAACAGCACCAGCAACCCCAGGAAAUGAGGGAAACCACGAUGUCUUCUCUGAGCCGGCGUCCGCCUCAACGGGAGGCUCUCUGGGGCCGGAGGAGAUAAUGAACGAAAUGUACCCCCCAGUUGAUGAUGAGCAAAUUGUAAAUAUGGCUCUAGUGAACCUUCUUCAAGCUAUCACGGACCAUUUUCCUUCGCUUGGAAGCUCCUGGACCAUCCAUCGGAAGCCGCUCAAAGCCAAGUUCGACGAUGCUGAGUAUGAGGCAAGGACGGACGGAUAUCUUCGAGGUAAAGUCGAUGGUGAGGUACGUGCUUUGAUCGAAGUAAAAGCAGCCCUUCGGAAACAUGCUCGAUUUGAGAUCUGUAUGCAGGAGGGUGCGCAGAUGGUCGCUUGGCUCAAAAAUCAUCCCCAAGCACCAGGGAAGUUCCCAUUCCGGCGUUUUCACGUCUCGCAAGAUAGACAUCAAAUCUGGCUCAGCUUUGCCGAGUAUGACGAUGAAUACCUCAGAUACAUUGAGCAUGGCUUUCGAGAUACAGAACGUCCUCGAUCAUUUCUCACGAUGCAUGAAUAUGGUCCUUGGGAUACUCUCAAAGAGUCACAUAUGGCUGAGCUUGCUGUUCCCCUCCUUGCGCUUACUCUGCGUGCUGAUCACGAUCGUAAAGAAGAGCAGGAAAGCAAUCCUUUCGAUAACUAA